GACCACACAAAAGCCUUUACUAAUUUUCAGCUCCGUUGGCACUUUAGCCCAUUGCUAAGUCUUGCACUGAAUUCUUCUGGGUGGAGCUGCGAUGGUUACUUCCUUGAUGUUGUAUUUGUUGUACAGGAGAAGAAAGAGAAAGGCAAUUAAAGCAGAUGACGAUGUGGUCUUAGAUGUGCCCACGGGGCCAAGGAAGUUCUCAUAUGCUGAAUUGGCUGAAGCAACUAAUAACUUCGAUGAGAAACAAAAGCUCGGAGAGGGAGGCUUUGGAGGUGUUUAUAAAGGUUUCUUGAAUGAUCUCAACAUGGAUGUUGCUGUAAAGAGGAUCUCUGAAAGGUCUAAACAAGGGAUAGAGGAGUAUGCAUCCGAAGUGAAUAUUAUUAGCCGAUUGCGCCAUAGGAACCUCGUGCAACUUGUUGGCUGGUGCCAUCAACGGAAAGAGCUACUUCUUGUGUAUGAGUUCAUGUCCAAUGGAAGCCUUGAUUCUCAUCUAUUUCGAAAUAGGGGUUCUUUAACAUGGGAGUUAAGGUACAAGAUAGCUCUAGACUUAGCCUCUGCACUACGAUAUUUACAUGAAGAGUGGGAUCAAUGUGUCGUCCAUAGGGAUAUUAAAUCCAGUAAUGUAAUUCUAGAUUCCAACUUCAAUGCUAAACUUGGGGAUUUUGGUAUGGCUAGGCUUGUGGAACAUGAGAAAGGGUCGGAAACAACCAAUUUAAUAGCUGGAACCAUGGGAUACAUGGCGCCUGAAUAUAUUAUUACUGGGAAGGCUAGCAAAGAAUCUGAUGUCUAUAGUUUUGGAAUUGUUCUCUUAGAAAUUGCUUUUGGGAGAAAGGCAGUUGAGAUGAAGUCUGAGCCAAGUGAAGUAAUUUUGGUAAAUUGGGUUCGGGAGCUCUAUGGAAGACAAAAGCAUCUCGAAGUGAUUGAACCAGGGCAAGGUCUUGAUUUUGACAAGAAGCAAAUAGAGUGUUUGAUGGUAGUUGGGUUAUGGUGUGCUCACCCAGACUCCAAGCUUCGACCUUCUAUUUGGGAAGCUAUUCUUGUUCUCAAAUUUGAUGCUCCACUGCCACCCUUUCAUUCCUUAUGUUUACCUUCUCAUCAAUUCGAUCAUGGAUCCGAUAGGUCUACAAAUUCUGAUGCAAGUCAAACCCAAAUUUCAUCUUCUUACUCGACAUCCCUUGUAUUUCCACGUUAAGAAAAAAUGUUAUCUGAAAUAUUCAAGAUUACUAUUCUCCCACCUCCCUUUCUGCUUUAAUGUAGAUGCAGAUGAUCUUUGGUUGCUUUUCCUCUGUUGUAAUGGUUGGUAUAUGAAACUCUAUGUACUAAAUAAGUUUUACUGAUUCUCUUUCUUGGGAUUUCUUAUGUGCUGUUAUAAAGAAAAUUGGGUUUAGUAAUAACAUAUGGAUCAAUGUUUACAUCA